CCAUCAGUUCCCGCAAACUCGCAUGUCGCAUUUCGCAUUGUUUGAAGUUGGAAGCUUAAGUAUUGUUAAUUUACUGAUUACUUUUGAAUUGAAGUUUCUUUAAAUAUCAAGAAGCUGUAGUUGUAAUGGAGGAAGAUAGCUCGAGAGCUCCUUGGGAAAAUGUAGAUAGUAGAUCUGAAGCAUCAUAUUAUGUUAGCAAAAGAGACAUGAUGCCAUCUUACAAUUCCAAGUUCUCCGUUAUUCAAGAUGCUCUAAACGAAUGCAACAGUAUCAAGUAUGCAGCUUACCGAACAGCAGCGAAAAUGUGUGUCCUGCAGCGAGCUCUGGGAAUGGAGCAUGUUCGUUUGAGUGUUAUCGCUGGAGUUUUCCAGAAACAUGGCUAUCAAGCGACAGAAAAUGCACUGCUCUUGGACUGCACGGAAUUGGAUGCUUUGCUGUCUGAUGUAUUUUUCGCCGCUUCCAAAGAAACCCGCCAAUCUCUGGACCUUGAAUACUUGACAGAAUGA